AAGACGAUACAUGGCAUGUGGAAAUAGUUGUCCGUGAUCCACGGAGCUUUACGGUUCCACCAGGUGUCGCAUCGUUACAUUACCUGUCAUUACCCCGAUUACUCCCAAAUAAACACGUCCCCCCGAAAAAAUAAGCAAGUAAGAAUAGUUCAAGGCACAAACUGUCACCAAAAAUCCACCGACCACUAAAAUCUAAAGGUGCGAAAUUGUGAUGCGUCAGCAGACGAGUGAUAAAUAUCUGUGCAGCAGGCAUGGGAUCUAGUGUAAAUCGUCGAUAGUAAAUUGUGGGUUCGACACAAAAGGGAGAGAAAAAAAUUCCUGACGGCUUACUAAUGCCACCGAUGAAAUAAUAUUUGUCAGAGCGAAGUUAAAAAUGUGGAGUCCAACGCAUGUACAAGUAACAGUUCAGAGAGCGAAAGGAUUGUUGACCAAGGGAAAGCAUCAGACAAAUGACUGCUUCGUGACGAUAGCACUUGGUAAAGAGAAGUAUCAAACGUCGGUGAAGGAAAAAGCAUCGGAGAAUGUCGAGUGGCACGAAGAAUGCGAGCUGCAAAUUCCAUCCCAAGGGAACAAGGCGGAAAUUGUGCUGACAGCGUUGCACAGAAAUUUUCUCGGGGUUGAUGAAUUUUUGGGAAUGAUCAGCGUGCCACUGGCCAGCUUUGAUGUCUAUGAGAGGCCGCGGAAUAGGUGGUACACCCUCGAGUGUAAACCAGGAAAGGAGAAUACGAAGAAUCGUGGCGCGCUGGAGGUUAAAAUUGGAUUUAUCGUGAAAGCCGGUAGUUUAACAGAUUUAACGAGAAAAGAGCGACACAAAAGUUCACUAGGACAACUAUCAACAGCGGCCCAAUCAAUCGGGGGUAGUUUACUGAGUAUCGGUAGCUUGGAGAAGCGCAAGGGUUUGAAAAAAUUAGCAAAAUCCAUAGGUAAUCGUGUCAAGGGAAAGAGUAAAAGUAAAUUGGAUAAGGACGAGUUUGAUGAGGUUGAGGAGCACCAGAUUAGGCCCUCGAGGCAGGAGCCUGGUGAAGCUGAUCCUGGGGUCAUUAGCGAGGAUGAUGAUGAGUUUACCUUUGAUGAUUUGUCACACAAGAGUUCUGCGUCGUCUCUGAAUGCACCAGUGUCGAGUGCUAUCACACCGACAUUUUCAACAAAUUCGAAUAAUUCACAGAAUUCAUUCUCUCGUGUGACAACUGAACCCAACACACCACCACCAGCACCGACCAAUGUUGCACCCAACAAACCACCGAGGAUCACUUCCCCUUUGAAUUCUUCCUCUCCGAGGAUUGAUGAUCGUGAUCAGGACGAGUGGGGUAGAAAGCUUUAUGGAAUACAGGGGAACAAUGUCAUCAAAAGAUGGGAUAACAAGACAAAUCCAAAGAUUGUGAUAGAGGAGCCGAGUGAGAAAUCCCCAUCAGCAUCCCCAUCCCCAACCUCAAGAUACCGUGAUACCCCAGAGCCACCGAGUCCUGCACCACGAGAAAUAAUCACUUCAAAGCGGCCAAAGGAUGAUAAACUUAAAGAAAGAAAUUCCAAGGAUGACAAAUAUUUUAUAAGAGAUAAAAGUCCAAAUCGCAGAGAAGAUAAAUACAUGAGAAGUCCCAAGGAGGAUAAGCCGUCAAAGAAAGAUAAGAAGAAGGAUAAGGAGAAUAAAGGAAAAGAUUUCACUGACGAACAAUUGUCCUCUGAGAGGAUAAUUAUUGGUGGUGAGGACGGUAUGAAGAAUAAUAUGGGAGGCAAGAGUCGGCUUCCACUUGAGGUACUCCAGCAGUUCGAGGGAAAGACCAGAGAGGAUCUCAUUGAAUUGACGCUGAAACUUCAGAGUGAAGUAAUCGAUAAAAGGAAACGUCUGGCAGAUCUCGAGGAUUACAUCGAUGCCCUUCUGUUACGUGUGAUCGAAUGCUCCCCACGACUCCUGCAGAACCCGUACCAGGCGAACAGACGUUUGUCCUCGCCCUCCAAGCAAUAGAUCGUCGAUCUUCCGAACUAACAUUGCCCCAACUUCAGUAAUAACUUUUUCCUAAUUUAUGAUUCUAAACUGAACGAUGAUUCAAUGAAAAUGCCUAUCGAUUUGGUUGGAGUUACUUUCGAUGAAGAUUGAAGGUUCCAUGAUCAAAAUGACCAGCGAUUAUUUUGAUAUAAAAUUAUGUUGAUGGCUUUCAAUGACUGAUAAUUAAUAAUUUAGAUUGAGAUACUCUUGCGUCUUCCCAAAAAAAUAUUGAGUUGGAAGAAAUUAUGAGGGGAUUUGGAAUUUCAUUCGUUUCUCGGAAGAAUUUAUUUUCCGAUGGAAAGUAUGUUAUGUUGUUAUCGUAUUAGUAUGGCGGGAACAUGUAAAUGGGUAUGUGCAAGAGCAAUUGGUAGAGUAUUGAAACAAGUGCCUUAUGCAUGCGAUAAACUUUGUUAAAUGUUAUUGAAUUAUUAAUGAUUUUUCGUAAAAUAUAUAAUAUUACGUAUACCAA